UCAAGCUUUAAGCAACUACAGUUGGACUACGUAAUGGUGUUGAAUUGUACAAAGAUAGAUGACAUACUGCAUAAGUACUACCUGUCACCAUCUUAUGGCCUGGAGUUCUGCAUUGGUUUCCCUGGGAAUCUUGUGGUUGUUCUUGGCUACCUCUUCUGCCUGCCCAAGUGGCAGAGCUGCAAUAUUUACCUCUUCAACCUCGCAGUGUCUGAUCUCAUCUUUCUCUGCACGUUGCCACGCCUCUCCUACCUCUACGCUAACCACCAGAAGGAGACCAGCUCCUACGCAUGCGUCAUCAACCGCUACGUCCUGCAUGUCAACCUCUACUCAUCCAUCCUGUUUAUGGUCUGGCUUAGCAUGGAUCGCUUUUUGCUCAUCCAACGCCCGUUGCGGAACCACUUCCUGCUGAGGCCGCAGGCAGCACUGGUUGUGACCGCGCUGAGCUGGCUCGCCGUCAACAUAGAAGUGAGCCCCAUGAUCGCCCUGAUGCUCCAGGAUCUGCAGAAUGCAAACGGCAGCCGCUGCAUUGACUUUGCCAGCCUCGAGGGGGACAUCAGUGUUUUGGGCUACAGUAUGGGGCUCACCUUAACUGGCUAUGUUCUCCCUCUGCUUGGACUGUGUGGUUUCUCCCACCAGAUUGCAAGCCUCCUGCAGACCCAGGAAGUGGCAAUACAUCGCAGGGCGGUAAUGUACAAGCGACCUCUGAGGGUUGUGGCGUCAGCAGCAGCCAUGUUUCUGGUUCUGUACACACCGUACCACAUCAUGAGAAAUGUCAGGAUAGUGUCCCGGCAGGCCUGGGCGGGUGUGCAGUUGUGUACAAGGAUGUACAUCGAGGGGCUCUACAUCUUGACCCGACCAUUAGCUUUCCUGCACAGUGUCGUCAACCCUGUCUUCUACUUCUUCAUGGGUGACAAGUUCCGAGAGCUCCUACUGAUCAAGUUUAGAAAUCUGGUCCGCAAAACAAAGCAGCCGAGAGAACCGGCAUCAGGAACUUAAUACAAAUACCAUAUUUCACAUAAGAGGAGUAUUUCAUCAACCAUUUUUUGUUACAGUAUACUUUCUCACUUGACAAUGUAACAUUAGACUUAAAUACACUUUCAAGGUGACCUGGUCUGGGACUGCACUGGAAAGCUGUGGUUCCUUAAGGGAAAUGUACUGCGGCAUUGUGAAGCAUGAUCUCCUCUCUUGGAAAACUAAGCUGAAUGAGAUUUUUCCAACAUGAUAAAGAGCCCAAACUCACGUCCAAGAUGACAAAGUGCCUUGCUGAGGAAGGUGGCGGUGAAGGUGAUGGAAUGGCUAAGUAUGUCUCAAUAAAACUGAGCACCUUUGAGGCAUCCUCAAGACGUACAAAUGGAGGAGCGCAUGGUGUCUGAGGCUGUCCACACGGAAAUGAUUUCAGGUGAAAACGUCAAAGUAUUCUAUCGUUUCAGCCUUUCAUCCACAUGGAAACGUUUCCAGGUCAAAACGGCAGAAUGUUGAAUCCUUUCAGCCUUUCAUCCACAUGUAGACGCCAUUCUGGGUGCAAUGAAACGGUAUUUUUGUAAAACGGCUUCCAGAGUGGGAAAAUCUGAAAACAGCGGCUUGUCGCUGUCGUGUAGACAAGCAGGCCGCUGCUUUCUGACCAGAAGUGACACGCCAACUAGCGAUGGCAAAAUGAGCCCGAAGCCUCAAAGCUUGUCACACUGCUGAAAUGCUGAUACUGCUGAUAGUAUAAAUACACUAAUCACAAAAAGUUAGGGAUAUGCACAACUGUUAUGCUAGAGAACAGCAAGUUGUAAGUUGUAAACAUGUUGGACAAAUGCAUUCAAAUUUAGAGACGCUCAGAUUAAGUUCUCCUGUAAAGUUGAUACUAUAUCUGAAAACAUCCCUAGCUUCUUGUGAACCCCGUAUAUAAACAUAUAUAUCUGUUAUAAUAAUGCAAUAUUUACUUUAAAAUGUCAUCUUUCCCACUGUAAAGUUGUGGAAUUGCCGUUGUUUGUAUUUUCUCACAGGCAAUUUGUAAUGUCUGUCAAACGUUUGCAGCAUUUCUUGAAUGAGAAACCCAAGAUCUUGUGACACCCCUACUCUCCUAGCUGUGUUGCCAGCUAUUUAGACAAUAAUGGCUGUCCAUCCAUCUUCUUCCACUUAUCUGAGGCUGCAGGGGCAGCUGCCAAAGCAGGGAAGCCCAGACUUCCCUCGCCCCGGCUACUUUGUCUAGCUUCUCCUGACGGUCGCUCCCAGGCCAGUUCAGAGACGUAGUCUUUCCAACGUGUCUUGGGUCUUCUCUGAGGUCUCCUACCAGUUGGACGUGCCCUGAACACCUUCCCAGGGAGGUAUCCUGACAAGAUGCCCGAGCCACCUCAUCUGUCUCCUCUCAAUGCGGAGGAGCAGCGGUUCUACUCUGAGUUUCUCCUGGAUGACAGUGCUUCUCACCUUACCUCUAAAGGAAAGCCCAGCCACCCUACAGCGAAAUCACAUUUCGUCCGUUUGCACCCGUAAUCUUGUCCUUUCGGUCACUCCUGAAAGCUCAUGACCACAGGUGAUGGUGGGAACUUACAUUGACCGGUGAACUGAGAGCUUUGCCUUUUGGCUCAGCUCACCUCUUCAUCACAACGGACCGAUGCAGAAUCCAGAUCACUACAGACUCUGCACCAAUCCACCUGACGAUCUCCCGUUCAUAACGGCUGGUCGUUAAGUUAUUUUCAGUGGAUAAUCAAUCUAUACUGCGAUGUAUAAAGU